AUUAGUUGCAAGUGGCAUGAUUCGGUUUCCCGUAGUUGCUUUUCUCCUUAAAUCUAUCAAAUAAAGAAAUCCGAAUUCUUUCGCCACGCUACCUGCUCGAUCCUGCCUCUUCCGUCUUCUUCUUCUCCGUGUUUUCUUCAACCUCGUAAUUUCGCCAUCUCUCUCUCUCUCUUCCCCAGCAAGAUGGGCCUUUCAUGGAGCAACCCCAGAAGAAGAAGCUACCCAUACCCAUACCCGCCGCCGCCACCGCCUCCUCACCACUCGUACUACUACUCCGCGGACCACCCCCACCACCCUCCUCCGGCGCCGCCGAAUGGCUACUUCUCCGCCCCUCCUUACCCUCCGCCCCACCAUCACCCACCUUAUCCUGCGUACCCUCCUCCGGUGCCCUCCUACGGCGGUCCAGUCUCCUACAGCUCGUACAGCUACUCGGGUCCCGUGGCGGGUCGGGUCGGUCCGCACCCGUACUACGCGAACCAGGCGAGUGGGUGGCCCCCGGCUCGGCCUGCGAUGGCGGCGGCGGCGGCGGCACCUCCGACGGCCUACGUGGAACAGCAUCAGAACGCCAAGAAAGUGAGGAACGUGGUGAAUGUGCACAAGGACACAAUCAGGGUCGAGAUCGAUGAGCACGACCCGGAUUGCCACUUGGUGUCUUUCCUGUUCGACGCGUUACAUGACGGAAGUAUUACUAUCUUGUAUUUUGGCAAGGAAGAGUCCAAUUGCCGAUUGGUUCCCCUGUUUCCUGAAGCAUUCGGGCCUGCCAAAUUCCAAUUUCAAAAAGGACUAGGUCAAAAAUUUUGUCAGCCUUCAGGGACUGGCAUUGACUUAGGCUUCUUUGAAUUGGAUGAUCUCUCAAAACCAUCUCCUGGAGAGGAUGUGUUUCCUCUUGUCAUAUCUGCUGAAACAUGCGUACUGCCUCAUUCAGUAGAUGACCAUUUAGUUAAUCCAGUGCCAUGCGCCUCCUCUCACACGCAAAUAACUCAGGCUGUUCUGGAGAAAAAUAAUGGUGGUCCUUUUCAUGUAAAAGUUGUGAAGCAAAUUCUCUGGGUGGAUGGAGUUCGUUAUGAGCUACGUGAGUUAUAUGGGUUAGGGAGCUCUUCAGCAGAGAGUUAUAAUGACAAUGAUCCAGGGAAGGAAUGUGUAAUUUGCAUGACUGAGCCAAAGGAUACUGCCAUUUUACCCUGCCGACAUUUGUGUAUGUGCAAUGAGUGUGCCAGAGCAUUGACGCAUCAGUCAAAUAAGUGCCCCAUAUGCCGUCAACCCAUCGAGGAACUAAUAGAGAUCAAGAUAAGUAACUGAAUUCUGAGAGGCCCCAUUCUUACUAAAUGGGAUUGCAUGGUUCAAAUCCUAUUUUUUGACUCCUCUUCAGCUCUUCCCAUGAGUCUUAUUUUCAGAUGCAUGGGUUCUUAAUGUAAUUGUCAUUUGUUCUCAACCUAAUGCCAGCUGGCAGUAACUAAAAUGUAAAUGUUCUACAUGAAUUUUUCACUUUGCUGGUGUUGAGAGGUCGUCUUAGUCCAAGAAUGCUCGAGCUCGGAAAGAAGACCUGCACAUAUAUGUACAGAUGCAUCAGCAAAGAGUGGGCGUUAGCUUAUUUAUGACAACUCCUUUGUGUAGUUUUAUAUUGAACUGAGCUUUCUUGACAAUGUUGUUGAGAGCAGUCCUUGUACAAAUGACACUGCCUUCUCCACUCACCCAGUGUAUUGUGUAUGGUGUGAAAAGAAUUGUAAUUUGUAAGCACUAGAUGUGUGUGUCCUGAUAGUUAUCAGUGAUUUUUGUGAUUUA